AGCCAGUAACAAACGCAACAAUAACUUCAACAGAAUUUCAAAUCAAAAAGUGGACAUUUUAUGAAUAAAUAAAAAUUACAUAGUUAAAAUCACCAUUGUUUUCCACUCCUAGACACCUAAUAAAACAGAAAAAUACCACCAAACCAAGGCAUCUAAAACAAAGUAAACCACCAAAGCAAAAGCUCAACCACCAGUCAGUCACUCAUGGCCUCUCUGUUGCCCCUCUUCUUCCUCCUACUCCUCCACCAACCUCUGUUUUCCACAGCCAAUGUCCACAAGCUCAACCUCCUCCGAUCCGAGCUUCUCUCCGAACCCACACCUCUACAUGACACCCCACCAACUGUAUUUUUUGAAGUAACCAAACCCAUUGAAGUACCAAAAACCAAGCCGUGUUCCCAGCUCAUUCUCCAGCAUGACUUUGCCUACACAUAUGGCCAAGCUCCAGUCUUUGCAAACUACACCCCUCCUUCCCAUUGCCCAUCUCAAACUUUCUCCACAAUUGUCCUUGAAUGGAAAGCUACCUGCAGAGGAAGGCAAUUUGACCGCAUUUUCGGGGUUUGGCUUGGUGGGGUUGAGAUUCUCAGGAGCUGCACAGCAGAACCAAGGCCUAAUGGGAUUGUUUGGACUGUCGAGAAGGACAUCACAAGGUACUAUUCACUGCUUAAGAGUAAUCAAACACUUGCUGUUUAUCUUGGCAAUUUGAUAGAUAAAACCUACACUGGGAUUUAUCAUGUGAAUAUAAGCAUUCGUUUUUACCCUGCUGAAGAGAAAUUGAAUUCUUUUGAGCAAAAGUUGGAUAAUUUGGCAUCUGGGUACCAUUCUUGGGCUGAUUUGAUUUUACCCAUUUCGAGAAAUCUGCCUUUGAAUGAUGGGUUGUGGUUUGAAGUUCAGAAUUCAAAUGAUACGGAGUUGAAGGAGUUCAAGAUUCCACAAAAUGCUUAUAGGGCUGUGUUGGAGGUGUAUGUUUCAUUUCAUGAGAAUGAUGAAUUUUGGUAUUCAAAUCUUCCUAAUGAGUACAUAGCUGCAAACAACCUUAGCGGUACACCUGGAAAUGGGCCUUUUAGGGAGGUUGUGGUCAGUCUAGAUGGUGAGAUUGUUGGUGCAGUCUGGCCUUUUACAGUGAUUUUCACUGGAGGGAUCAAUCCUCUUUUGUGGAGACCCAUUACUGCAAUUGGCUCAUUCGAUCUUCCGACUUAUGAUAUCGAAAUUACACCAUUUUUAGGGAAGAUAUUAGAUGGGAAGAGCCACAAGUUUGGGUUUAAUGUUACAAAUGCCUUAAAUGUUUGGUACGUUGAUGCAAAUUUGCAUCUUUGGUUGGACAAACAGAGCACAAAAACUGAAGGAAAGCUUUCUGAACAUAGUAGCUUGCCCCUUGUUGUUUCCCUGGUUUCAGAUUUCAAGGGUUUAAAUGGCACAUUUUUGACAAGGACAAGCAGGGCCGUGUCAUCAACUGGAUGGGUGAAGUCUUCCUAUGGGAAUAUCACAACCCGUUCAAUUCAAGACUUCUAUUACAGUAACUCAAUGGUCCUGGGAAAAGAUGGUAAUAUGCAGAUAGUCAACCAGAAGAUCAUUUUCAAUGACUCAGUUCAUAUUAACCUGCCAUCCUCCUAUGUUCACUCACUGACAUCACACAAAACAUUUCCACUUUAUUUGUACACUGACUUCUUAGGACAAGGAAAUGGAACUUAUUUAUUGAUUACAAAUGUGGACUUGGGAUUUAUUGAGAAGAAGUCUGGUUUGGGAUUCUCGAACAGCUCUCUCAGAAAUCUGCAGAGUGCUGAGGGCAAUAUGGUUGUGAAAAACAAUUUGGUUGUGAGUGGAUUGGGGAGCACUCAGCAAGUCUACAGAUAUGAUGGUGGUAAAUUCUGUUACUUCAGAAAUAUAAGCAGCUCAAACUACACAAUACUCUAUGACAAGGUGGGGAGCAAAUGCAACAAAAAAUCGUUGUCUAAUUUGGAUUUUGUCUUAAGCAGACUGUGGCCUUUUGGUGCUCGAAUGAAUUUUGCUGGUCUCCGAUUUACAUGAGAACAAUGAGGAAAGUCUAGCUCAUCCACAUUCGUGCAUCUUCCUGUUUGGUGGUACCUCAAAUAAAUGUGUAUUCUGUACUCAAUUUCAUUUUGUGGGGAUUCUUCUGGAUUGUAGUUGAGGUAUCUGCACCCAAAGUGAUUCUGGUUUUACUUGGAUUUGGAAUGAUUUCUAAAAAGCGGAUCAGGUCAGCUUGUGCUAUGUCAGUAUAAUCAAAGUUUAUGCAGGAAAUUAUAAACCAUUAAUUUUAGAAUCUAA